AUGGCCGACUCACUUACUGAAGAGCAAGUCUCCGAGUUCAAGGAGGCCUUCUCUCUCUUUGACAAGGAUGGCGAUGGCCAGAUUACCACCAAGGAGCUCGGUACCGUUAUGCGCUCUCUCGGCCAGAACCCCUCCGAGUCUGAGCUUCAGGACAUGAUCAACGAGGUUGACGCCGACAACAACGGCACCAUCGACUUUCCUGAGUUCCUCACCAUGAUGGCGCGCAAGAUGAAGGAUACCGACUCCGAGGAGGAGAUCCGUGAGGCUUUCAAGGUGUUCGAUCGUGACAACAACGGUUUCAUUUCUGCUGCUGAGCUUCGACAUGUCAUGACCUCCAUUGGUGAGAAGCUCACUGAUGAUGAGGUUGAUGAGAUGAUCCGAGAGGCUGACCAGGACGGCGAUGGCCGAAUCGACUACAACGAGUUCGUCCAGCUCAUGAUGCAAAAAUAA